UGUGCGCGCUUGUGGUGUGGAUGGGUGUGUGCACAGCACAAUUGUGUGGAAGCGUGUCCGGGUGAGUGUACACUCGUGAGUGUUUGUGUAUGUGCUCGUGCUCUUGGCUGCUAUUAUUAUUAUUAUUUUGGAAGAAAAACCCUGGAAAUCUGGGACAGGUUAUGGUACUCCCAGGGUGAUUUCUCCUUUUGCAAGAGGAGCUGACCAGAGAAAGCCACCAGAGCCAUUUCCCUGCCAGCAGAGAGCAUUUUCCUCCACGAAGAAGGAUUUCUACCCAGCUCUGCAGCCAAGUAAAAGAGAUUAGCCUUGAAACCUGUGAAAUCGACUAUCGCUGUGUGAUUACCCAGGCUUGGGAGAGGACUUGGAAAGAAAAGGAGAAAUAAAUCAAGCAGUCUGUCAGUUCUUAUUUGCCACGUCGGAAGAUGUCAUCUCAAACUAAGUUCAAGAAAGACAAAGAGAUCAUUGCCGAAUAUGAAGCCCAAAUAAAAGAGAUCCGCAUGCAGCUGGUGGAGCAGUUCAAAUGCCUGGAGCAGCAGUCAGAGUCGCGGCUGCAGCUGCUGCAGGACCUGCAGGAGUUCUUCCGCAGGAAAGCCGAAAUCGAGUUGGAAUACUCCCGAAGCCUGGAGAAGCUGGCCGAGCGCUUCUCCUCCAAGAUCCGCAGCUCCCGGGAACACCAGUUCAAGAAGGAUCAAUACCUCCUCUCACCUGUGAACUGUUGGUAUCUGGUACUGCAUCAGACCCGGCGGGAGAGCCGGGACCAUGCCACCCUCAAUGACAUCUUCAUGAACAACGUCAUCGUCCGCCUUUCCCAGAUCAGUGAGGAUGUCAUCAGACUCUUCAAAAAGAGCAAAGAGAUUGGCCUGCAGAUGCAUGAGGAGCUGCUGAAGGUGACCAAUGAGCUCUACACAGUCAUGAAAACCUACCACAUGUACCACUCAGAGAGCAUCAGUGCAGAAAGCAAGCUGAAGGAGGCUGAGAAGCAGGAGGAGAAACAGUUCAACAAGUCAGGAGACCUCAGCAUGAACCUGCUUCGGCAUGAGGACCGGCCCCAACGUCGCAGCUCUGUGAAGAAGAUUGAGAAGAUGAAGGAGAAGAGACAGGCCAAAUACUCUGAGAACAAGCUCAAGUGCACGAAGGCUCGCAAUGACUACCUGCUGAAUCUGGCAGCCACCAACGCAGCCAUCAGCAAAUACUACAUCCACGAUGUGUCCGAUCUCAUCGAUUGCUGUGAUUUGGGCUUUCACGCCAGUCUGGCCCGCACCUUUCGGACCUACCUCUCAGCAGAAUAUAACCUGGAAACCUCUCGGCACGAGGGCUUGGACGUCCUGGAGAAUGCCGUGGACAACCUGGACUCCCGGAGCGACAAGCACACAGUCAUGGACAUGUGCAGCCAGGUCUUCUGCCCCCCACUCAAGUUCGAGUUCCAGCCCCACAUGGGGGAUGAGGUAUGCCAGGUCAGUGCACAGCAGCCCGUCCAAACAGAGCUGCUUAUGCGGUACCACCAGCUGCAGUCGAGGCUGGCCACUCUCAAGAUUGAGAAUGAGGAGGUUAGGAAAACCCUAGAUGCCACCAUGCAGACCUUACAGGAUAUGCUGACUGUGGAGGACUUCGAUGUCUCUGACGCCUUCCAACACAGCCGAUCUACAGAGUCUAUAAAGUCAGCCGCUUCUGAGACCUACAUGAGCAAAAUCAACAUCGCCAAAAGGAGAGCCAACCAGCAGGAAACAGAGAUGUUUUAUUUCACAAAAUUUAAAGAAUAUGUGAAUGGCAGUAACCUCAUCACCAAGCUGCAAGCCAAGCAUGAUUUACUCAAGCAGACACUGGGUGAAGGGGAGAGAGCAGAGUGCGGCACAACCAGGCCCCCCUGUCUUCCCCCUAAACCACAGAAAAUGAGGAGACCUAGGCCUCUUUCAGUGUAUAGCCAUAAACUCUUUAACGGCAGUAUGGAAGCAUUCAUUAAGGAUUCAGGACAAGCUAUACCACUUGUAGUCGAGAGCUGUAUUCGAUUCAUCAAUUUAUAUGGACUCCAGCAGCAGGGAAUAUUCAGAGUUCCAGGGUCUCAAGUUGAAGUCAAUGACAUCAAGAAUUCCUUUGAGAGAGGUGAAGACCCCCUCGUGGACGACCAAAAUGAGCGAGAUAUCAAUUCAGUUGCUGGUGUUUUAAAACUGUAUUUCCGAGGACUGGAAAACCCACUCUUUCCUAAGGAAAGGUUUCAAGAUUUGAUAUCUACUAUUAAACUGGAGAACCCAGCUGACAGGGUGCACCCAAUCCAGCAGAUCCUCAUCACCCUGCCCCGCGUGGUCAUCGUGGUCAUGAGAUACCUCUUUGCAUUCCUCAAUCACCUUUCCCAGUACAGUGAUGAGAACAUGAUGGAUCCCUACAACUUGGCCAUCUGCUUUGGGCCCACCCUCAUGCACAUCCCUGAUGGGCAGGACCCUGUAUCCUGCCAGGCGCAUGUCAAUGAAGUCAUCAAAACCAUCAUCAUCCACCAUGAAGCCAUCUUCCCCAGCCCGCGGGAGCUAGAGGGACCUGUGUACGAAAAAUGCAUGGCUGGAGGGGAAGAAUACUGUGACAGCCCACACAGUGAGCCAGGGACCAUUGAUGAAGUUGACCAUGACAAUGGCACAGAGCCUCACACCAGUGAUGAAGAAGUGGAGCAGAUUGAGGCCAUUGCCAAGUUUGACUAUGUGGGGCGGUCCCCUCGUGAGCUGUCCUUCAAAAAAGGGGCCUCAUUGCUCCUGUACCACCGUGCCUCAGAGGACUGGUGGGAGGGCCGUCACAAUGGUGUGGAUGGACUCAUCCCUCAUCAGUACAUAGUUGUACAGGACAUGGACGAUGCCUUCUCCGACAGCCUGAGCCAAAAGGCUGACAGUGAGGCCAGCAGCGGGCCACUGCUGGAUGACAAGGCCUCCUCCAAGAAUGACCUCCAGUCCCCCACAGAGCACAUCUCUGAUUACGGCUUUGGGGGGGUGAUGGGCCGAGUACGACUACGGUCUGACGGAGCGGCCAUCCCCAGGCGCCGAAGCGGGGGCGACACACACAGCCCACCCCGGGGCUUGGGUCCCAGCAUAGACACGCCACCCCGAGCUGCUGCCUGCCCCAGCAGCCCCCACAAAAUCCCCCUCAGCCGGGGACGGAUUGAGAGCCCUGAGAAGAGGAGGAUGGCGACAUUCGGGAGCGCUGGCAGCAUCAACUACCCUGACAAGAAGGCGUUGGCAGAAGGGCUCUCCAUGAGGUCGACUUGCGGCUCCACCCGGCACAGCAGCCUAGGGGACCACAAGUCCCUGGAGGCUGAGGCCCUGGCAGAAGACAUCGAGAAGACCAUGAGCACAGCUUUGCAUGAGUUGCGGGAACUUGAGAGACAGAACACCGUCAAGCAGGCGCCAGAUGUGGUGCUGGACACCCUGGAGCCCCUGAAGAAUCCACCAGGCCCCAUCAGCUCGGAGCCUGCCAGCCCCCUGCACACCAUUGUCAUCCGAGACCCUGACGCUGCCAUGCGCCGCAGCAGCAGCUCAUCCACAGAAAUGAUGACCACUUUCAAGCCUGCCCUGUCGGCUCGACUGGCUGGUGCCCAGCUGCGUCCACCCCCAAUGCGUCCAGUCAGACCCGUGGUCCAGCAUCGAUCCUCCAGCAGCAGCAGCUCGGGUGUGGGCAGCCCGGCCGUGACACCUACUGAGAAGAUGUUUCCCAAUAGCUCCUCAGACAAGUCUGGCACUAUGUGACCUGCAGGACCAGUGACACCGCCGUGGCCCACUGCAGCACACCAUGGCCUUGGGUGGCCUCGGUGGCUUCCACUUGCUUCCCAGGGAGCUCCUGGCCUUGGAGGGCAGAUCCUAGAAGGUCAGCCUGGGAGGGUGUAUGUCUGUGGAGAGCAGAGGCCCAGGCGUUAGCUGCACCUCAGACUCAGCCAUGUGAAUGCCACAGACCUCUUGUAGGCAAAUAGACAUGCCAAGGAAUGCUGGAGCAAGAUCAGUCCCAGGGACAGUGUUUCCUAAGAUUGAGGCAGAUGCUUACCAGCUUCUCAUAUUGUCACUGGAAAAUUAUUCUCUCGAUAUUCUCUACAUACGUAUAUAUGUGUGUGUAUAUAAGUACGUGCAUAUAUACGCAUAUGUGUAC